GAGCCUGGCAAAAAGGAUACCAGGUACCACCAACUGUCAAAUUUUUACCACCAACCAACUGUCACAGUUUUUUUUUCAAUACGUGCCACUCGUACCAGCCAUAAUUAAGAAUAUCACUGUACCAGCCAUCUGUUAUUUAUUAGUAGUUAGUAUACAUAACCUCUAAGGUUAAGGUUUUGGAAAUAUUCUCUCUUCUGGAAAUAUUGUAAUAAAUUAAAUACCUAAUACGAAAUCUUGGAAUUACGCUUCCUCUGUUGUUUGUUAUUACCUAUCUUUUGUUUGUUAUAACGUUUUCCUAAUAUGGCUAAUAAUAAAGACCGUGAAGAGCCAGCAAUUAUGGCGAAACAAUGUUAUUUGAAGAAAGACUUCUCUGGAGCUCUUCAGCACUUGAAUGAACUAGAAAAUCUGAUUGGAAGCAACAACAAACGUUUGCAGCAUAAUAAAGCAAUAGUGGAGUUCAUGGCUAGUGAUAUGAAAAAUCUAGACAAGUUUAAAAAGGCUGUAGCUUUACUAACAGGUCUCAAUUUCCCAGAUAUUGAAAUAAAAGACUUGAAUUCCCCAUUUCUUAUUUAUAACUAUGCUGUCGUGUUAUACCAUUCAAGGUACUACUAUCAGUGCACAGUAUUGCUUGAGAAACUUCUAUGUUCUAAGAAUAUUAAAGACCCAAAGCUUCAUCAACAAAUUGUUCUUCUAUUGCUAGAAGCUACAUUAUGUCGGCGUACUUAUGAUAAGACUCUAGAAGUGGCAAAUUCUCAUGGGGAUGCACUAAAAAGUAAUAAUGAGGUCAGUGAUUUGUUUGAAAGAUUAGUGAGCAGAGCUCAGCUUUUACUUGGUCAAAAAGUUAAGUUGAAUUUGAAAAAUGAUUCAAUCGAAAAUGUUUUUAUAAUAGCACAACAACAGUUUCUCAAUGGGGAAGUGAAGGAAUCGGCUAAUACGCUGGGACAAUACAAAACAUUGAAAUAUAACUAUGAUCUGAAAUCUCAAGGUGAAGAUAUUUGGGCUGCGAUAAAUAAUAACCUUGGUGUCAUCUAUUUGUCAAUCAAAAAACCAUUUUUGGCUUCUAAAUAUUUUCAACAUGCUGUUAAAGAACAUUUUAAAGCAAUGGAGAGUAAUGAUAGUGAGAGACUCAUAUCUUGCAGAGACAGGCCACUAUAUGUCUUCAAUUUGGGACUCGCAUUGCUGGCAGCAAACAAUUCUGAAGGAGCAUUCGAAUGUCUUGUGGAAGCCGCCCGACACUACCCUAACAACCCUCGAAUAUGGAUGCACUUAGCUGAAUGUUGUGUCAAAAAAUGUUGCAGCGAAGAAGCUCAGCAAUAUACCGUUAAAAAACUUGGAGGUGGAUCACACACCCGCAUUUUGUUAGCAAGGGACAAUAAAGAUAGAUACUCAACUUCAGGAGAAUCAUUUGCAAUACCGUCAUUAUCUUUAGAAUUUGCAGCCUUAUGUUUACGUAAUGCUAUUACUUUACUGCCAAAUCAAGAUUCACCGGUGGAUGUCACAGGACAUCUUAUCCAGGCCCCUCCAGGCCCACCUAUAAAUUGGAAGCAGAGAUGUGAACUGAAAAAUUCAACAUUAGUUUUACAAAGCUAUGUUUUACUACAUUUACAGGACCCACUCUCUGCUCUUAUGAGUGCCAAUGAGUUGUUAAGUCAAUCAGAUGUGUCGAGCAAUCAUAAAGCCUGGGCUCACAUUUAUGCUGCCGAAGCCUUGAUUAAUUUGGACAGGAUAACUGAUGCAGUUGAGCACCUGCAGCCACCAAUGAUCCACGAUUUGGUAUCCGUAAUGCCAUAUCAAAUGAGAGACAUGAUUGCUGUGUCAGUUUGGGCUAAAGCCGCAGUCUGUCAUAUAUUGAGAGGUGAUCUGGUGACCGCUAGAAAAAUACUGCUCCAGAUCAAUUCGCCUCGGGUCUUGCCACUGCAAAUGUAUUUGGAAAUAUGUACUGGAAACAUUGAAAACUGUCACACCAUACUGCGGAAGCUCAGAUUUGCUAAUGCAUCACCAUAAUUACAAUCGUUUUUUCAUAAAAAAUAAUAUGCUUAUUGA